AUGACGAAUUUCCACGGGUUUUCGACUGUGCUUUUGCUACCGAUCUUUGUUGGACUACUAGUCGCAACCGAUCUUCGAUACGAGGUGGACGCGAUCGAGGUGCAUCCGGCCGAGUUGAGCCUUUUGCAGACGGUGGCCGAUUUCACCACCAAGAAGAAAGAUGAGAAACAGAAGCAAGAUCUCAACAAGCUGCCCGGCACCCCUUGGGUCGAUUAUCCCCUUUUUUCCGAAGUGCCCAAGACGAGCUUCAGCUGUCACAACGUGCCGGCCGUGCCGGGGAUUUAUGCGAACGUGGAGACCGGCUGUCAGGCGUAUCACGUGUGUCACGAUGGUAGAGAAGGUGAACAGGGCGCGUCCUUUUUGUGCGCUAAUGGCACGAUAUUCAAUCAGAAGGAGUUCAACUGCGAUUGGUGGUACAACGUCGAUUGCGCCAGUGCCCCUGUACUUUACAACUUGAAUUCGGAUCCGGAGACGAACCCUUACGUUCCGCAAGCGCACAAGGAGCGAAUUCGCAAGGAGAGGCUUAGGAUUGUCAUCGAGUGA